AUGGUCUCGAACGCUAGCCCACCAUUCUCCAAGAUCUUGAUCGCUGGCGCCGGUCCGUCUGGACUUUUACUGGCACUUUUACUUGCGCAGCACAAUAUACCAUCUCUUGUGCUAGAAGCAUGGCCUUGGCUCGAUACACGUCUGCGAGCAACCCAGUAUGGCGUUCCAGCGACACGCAUCUUCAGACGGGCUGGUCUGCUUCCUGACUUCCGUGCUGCUUCGAUACCGAAAUUCCCAGCGAUCUGCUGGAGGAGGGUAGCCGAUGGAGAGAAGCUGGUGGAGAUCGAUAUGAGCAUAGUUGAGGACGAAGAAGACCGUAUGACUGUGCUGCAGCUGGGAGAGAUAAUCCAGAUCAUGCAUAAGCAUUGCAUGGACCCAGAGAAGGGCAAGGGCUUGAUUGAUAUACGAUUCAAUCAUCGAGUCACAGGAACUGGACAGGAUAACGAUCGAGCAUGGGUAGAUGUUGAGAUUGGAGACAAGAACAAAGGCGAAGAGAUGAGGGAAGAGAGAAUACAGGCAGAUUAUCUAAUUGGAUGCGACGGUGCAGCCAGUGCAGUACGUAAGAGUCUGUUUGGACACGACUGGCCCGGUCAGACAUUCGAUUGCCGAUUCAUAGUUCAGAACGUCUUCUACGAUGGUUUCGAGAAACACGGCUGGGAGGGUGGGAAUUACAUGGUGGAUCCAGAUCAUUGGGGCCUCGUUGCUCGACGUGGCCACGGCGGGCUAUGGCGAGUCACAUAUGGCGACCCUGUACCUGGUCUGACUGAUGAAGAGUAUCUCAUACGUCGAGAUUGGCACUUCAAGGCCAUACUACCCGGUCAUCCUGAUCCGAAUGAAUACAGAAUCGAGCAGACUAACAUGUACAAGAUCCACAAUCGUUGUGUGAAAUCUUUCCGCCAAGGUCGCAUCCUUCUCGCUGCCGACGCGGCUCAUGUAAACAACCCCAUGGGCGGCUACGGCUGUAUGACAGCCUGCCUUGAUGUCGGUGGACUGGCAGACUGCUUGAUAGGCUACUACAAAGGCCUCGCAGACCAGAGCAUACUCGACACCUACGCAGACGUGCGAAGAGGUAUCUUCCUCAAGUACGUGGACGCCCGAAGCGUCAAGAACUUGAACAGAGUAGCCAAGACCGACCCCUGGACUGUGAAAGAUACCGAUCCUUUCUUUAAGAUCAUCGAGGAGCUCAACCAGGAUCCAACGAAGCAGAAGCUGAAGGAGUUCUUAAUGAAGACUAGCAGUAUCGAGUACGACUUCACGCAGCACUACACGAAGCAAGCAGCAGUUGUAGAUGCGAAGCAGGGUUCAGGGCAGGAUUUGGAGCAGAUGGAUGUGCCAAUGGUGGAAGUGUAA